AGGUGACUCAGCAAGGUAGAUAUGAAUAAGAUUUAAGAAUAAAAGCCUUCUUUUCAUCAAAGUCAUGGAGAGUAGUAUAGACAUAGUAGUAUAUAAAGCAAUCACAUGCAUUGAUACUAUUUGAAACCUUUCUCUCUCAAUUUUAAGCCUAAAGAAAUAAAUAAAUUAAAAUAAAAAGAGUGUUCAAGUAGUAGUAGUGAAAGUUUUGAGGUUUCAUCCAUGGGAAGACCUCCUUGUUGUGACAAAGUUGGUGUCAAGAAAGGUCCUUGGACUCCUGAAGAAGAUAUCAUCCUUGUUUCUUACAUCCAAGAACAUGGUCCUGGAAAUUGGAGAUCAGUUCCUACGAAUACAGGGUUGUCAAGGUGCAGCAAAAGUUGCAGGCUUAGAUGGACAAAUUAUCUAAGGCCAGGAAUCAAAAGAGGAAACUUCACUCCUCAUGAAGAAGGAAUGAUUAUUCAUUUGCAAGCUCUUCUUGGUAACAAAUGGGCAGCCAUAGCUUCAUACCUUCCACAAAGAACAGAUAAUGAUAUAAAAAAUUAUUGGAACACACAUCUAAAGAAAAAGCUCAACAAAUUUCAAGCAGCUUUAGAUCAACCAUCAAAUUCUACUACAACUUAUCUAUCCAAGAGUUUUAGUGAUAGAAGUUUAGAUAUAAGCAAUAAUCAUGCUUCAUCUCUUAAGCUUAAUAUUACUACUCAUAAUUCUCAUCAAUCUUCUUCUUCAACUUAUGCUUCAAGCACUGAAAAUAUUUCAAGACUUUUAGAAGGUUGGAUGAGAACUUCUCCAAAUUCACAAAUCAAAGGAAAUUACCAAUAUGGUCAUCAUCAAGAUUUUCAAAGCAUUAAUGAUGAUAUUAUGGAUGAUGAUGAUAAUAAUGAGUUUGAAAAUAAUGGUAAGUUAUUAGUGAAAUCUUCUUCAGUUCCAAAUCUUGAAAUCCAUCAUCAUCAUAAUCAUCAAAAAAUUAGCAAAGGUGAUUUAUUACAAGAAGGUGGAGUUUCACAUGAUCAAGAGUUUGAUUCUAUUCUUUCAUUUGAGAAUCUUAACAAUGGUGUUACUUGGGAUAAGUCAACUUGUGAUUCUAUGCCUCAUGAAAAGUGUUCUACUUCUUCUUCUUCUGAUCAUCACAAGAAUAAUAAUAAUAAUAAUAUUAAGAAUUUAUGUGGUGCUCCUCCUCCAUUGUCAUUUCUUGAGAAAUGGUUAUUGGAUGAAAAUGUUGGACAUGUAGAGGAAAUGAUGGAAUUAUCUCCAAUGUUCUAACUUUGGAAGAAAAAAUUCAUAAAAUAAUCCCUAACUUUGGGAUGUUAUGAAAAUAUAUAUAUAUUAUUGAUCAAGUGAUGGUAUUAUAUAUCAUUGAUAAAGAUAGAGGAAGCUAAUGAAAAUCCUCUCAUUAUAAGAUUAGGGUUUAAUUUUUAUAUUAUUAUUACAUGGAUUGAGGAUCUUAGAAGUUAAGAUCUCUUUCAACUUGUAACUUGAAGUUUAAUUACAUGUUGUUUUAAUUAUUUCAAGUACUAAGGUUAAUUAGUGCAUGUGGUUAAUCUUUGCUUUGUAGAAAAACUACAAAUGUUAACUUUGACAAAAUGUUAUUGUGUUUGAUCCUACUCAACUAUAAUAAAAUAUUUGCAUGAAAUGAAGGAAAACUUUUCAAGCU